GUGAAUAUUUUACUAUGAAGACUGAGAAUAUUUAAUUAUAAAUUCGUUAAGGGGCCUCACUUUUAUCCGUUUAGUUUUGCAGGAGACCAUAACAAGGCUGAUAGAAGAGAAGAGAAAAGCAUUUCUUCAAAUAGAAGAUCUAAACAACGAGAUAAGGAAGGUGAAAGCGGAGGUAAAUCAACAACCUCUUUUUAAAGUGGACUUUUUUUUACAACAUCUUUGCAAACCUACUGCCAUAGGAUACUGAAAAAAAGGGGUAUAGAUAACCUGGAUUGUGUUCUUAGUAAAAAAAAAUUAAAAAAAAUCUACCAGAACAUUAUUUAACACAAGUUAUUAUUCAGAAAACCAUCCUUUUCUGAUAACAUAGCUGCAUUGUUAUAUAGCUGAAAAGAGACCUACAUCCAUUAAGUUCAGCAUUUCUUAAACCUGUUUUUGCUGGUAAUCCAAAAAACUGUUUGAAGCACUUUUGCUGCAAACUAGGAAAAAAUGCUUCUUGACUUUAGAAUGGCAGUUAGAUUUCUCCUUGGAUCAAGAAGCUAUUACCCUACAAAUUAAAAAUGACAACACCAUGAUCUAUAUUUCUACUUACUUCUUCAUAAAAAGGAAUUAUGUUAGUUUGACAUUCCAUAAAACCAUGCUGAUUUUUGCUAAUAACACUAUUAUUCCCAAUGAAUUCCUGAAUAUUAUCCCUUAAUAAUCCCUCAAAAACUUUCUCAGCCACAGAAGUUAAGCUCACAGGUCUAUAAUUUCCAGGCACGGAUUUUGAACUUUUUUUUUUAAUAAAGGAACCACAUUUGCUUUUCUCCAAUACUCCGGAACAAUUCCCAAAAGAAAAUAAUCCUAAAAAAUGAAAAUGAGAGGUUCAAUUUUUUCUACAUUUAUCUCCUUAAGUACUCGUGGGUGCAUACCAUCAGGCCCUGGAGCUUUGUUUAUAUUAACAUUCUUUAGUUCCUGCAGCACCUUGUCUUGAGUUAUCCAAUCACAGUAACCGUUUAAUUUUUUAUGUACAACACAGCUUGAAAAUGAGCGACAAGAAGGAAAAUCUCUGUUAAGAACAUUGGCUAAGAAUCAAAGAAUGUUCCAAAAAUUAAACAGAGGUGAGGAAUGAGUAAAGCAGUGAAACGUGUGUGAUACCUGGGAGGUAAAGUCAGCAUUGAAGGUUUCAGACAGAGAUAUGCAUCUUGGAGAAUAUGGUAACAAGUGUCAAUGUGACAUGGUUAAGUUUGAGAUGUAAUUUAAAACGAAAAGCUCACACACAUUAACUCAUUGUAGUUGACUAAUAUUUAUCAGGUCACAAACAAUGGCACAUCAUAAGAAAAUAAUGUAGUAGCUUUGACUUGUCCAGUGCUGUAAACCUUUUAGACAUUAAGAGUGGUUCUAAUUAAGGUGUUUUGCCAAAAAAUAAACAAUACUAAUUAUAGUGGUCUUCAAGAAUGAUCUCUUCACUGAAAAAUAGGUUGCCAAGCUCAUGCAUGGCACAUAAUUUGGAUUAAAGGGGUACCAAAAACAGCAAGCGGCAGUGAUUAUGUGCCAAUAUGGCGGUAGCGGUGUCCCCUGGUUCUGUUUCAAACUAAGGGUCUCUGGGAUGCCUAUACCCAGCUCCGAGCUUGGCAUGUUGCUAUUACACAAGGUACGUUUCUGCAUUAGCAAUAUCAAUGUGGUACAAAUGUAUACAGUGUUCAUUAGCUGGUCAUGUCAGUUGUUGAUCUCAGCCAAUCAGUUGAAACGUAAAUACAAUAACUCAAGGGGAGACUGAGAGGUAAAGAAAUAUAGAUACCUCCCAAGACCACCCUUUACAAGGGGGAGAGCAACCCUUUUGAGAAAUAAUAAUAUUAUUAAAACAUUACUUUUAAUGAAUUGUCUUAAAACCCAAAUCAGGGAAGUGAAAAGUAUGGUAAUCUAAAUAUCCAAAAAUAAUAAAUGUAGGUUUGCAAAAAAAAUACAGGCUUAAAAUUAAGACUGUUGCUGAGGGUAAAAAUGCGAGAAAAAUGCAAAAUGAAAAGUUAAUCUGUCUCUUUAGCAAUGCUGGGGUUAGCAGGGAUAGAGCCAAGAAUGGGUUAAAUAGAUCCUAAAUAGCUAGUACCCUAUCGUGCCUUCGAGGGCACCCCUUAAAAAAUCUAGAACUCCGAUAUAUCACCCCCAUAACCACAAAGGGACUUCCAAACCAAAGGAAAGCCCUACUCCCAACGCCCUCAGUCACACCAAUAUCUAAUUAUAAACAAAACGAAAAAGGAUAAAAAAUAAAAUAGAAGUAAAUGUGUGCGCUCAGACCCCAGACACCUAGUAGCCAUUGGCUUCUGUCAAACCACAUAACAAUGGUUGCAAUGUAUCAAUGUCUGCAUUUCAUCAGCACAUCUAAAUAAAUCCCUACUGUGCUGGUUAGUAAUAUUAUUCCUGGUUUAUUUAUAUCAAUAUCAAUAUCACCAACAAAUUAUAUAGCACUUUACAAUGUUAAAGUGGGAUAUAGGAGCAAAUAGGUCAAACUAUUACAAACAUCAGGAAGCUAUUGCACAAGCUGACAAUCUAGAGGUGGUGAGGUAUUAAAACACAGGAGGAAGACGGUAGACCAAUGGAGAGGAUAAGAUCAGCAGGACAUUGUUUGGAGAAAAAAAGCAGAGUUGGAAGGUGAGAGAAAGUGAGCAGACAGCUUUGUAAACAAGAUCUACCCGGGUUAUUGGCUUUCCUGAAGAGAUCCAUUUUAAGGGACUUAUUAAUGGAUUAAUGAUGAGUAGGGUAUGCCAACAAUGUCCAUUAUGGCUCGUUGACAGAGACUUAUAAAUCAUACAUGUAUCACCUACACAGACAGGCAACAUGGCUAAAAACUUGUAAUGCUAAUGGGUCAACCUUAAAGCAGUUUCUGACACUCAGCAACUGUGUCUAAUCACAAUCAGAAUGAUUAACGAGAGUGAGGAUCUAGUUAUUUUAGAAGAAACGAUCAACCUUCUAAAAACAAAAAUGUAACAUUUAUCAUUCUUUGUAAACAGUGUCUGUGAUGGUGUCUCAUGAAUACAAUGAUAUGGUGCAACAACUGGAACUGCAGGAGAACCUGCGGCAGGAGGCAGAGCAUUUAGCGCACACGGUAGGAGAAUUUUGUAUAGAGGAAGUGUAACACAUGUGGUGAGUGUGUGUUUGCGAUUUUGUACAGAGCAAAGAAAUACAAUGUACAGGCCAUCUUCUACCCCAUGUCGCAGUCUUGGAGGACUCCUGAAUUUGGUGUAGCUUUGUGAUAAUACAUGACACAUAGUGAUAAGUAAAGACUUACUCCAAUAAAAAAAUGGUUUUGGUUAUAUUGACUCUUUAUAUCUUUUUUACUCUGGUCAAAACCCAAUCCUCUUCUGCUGACAUUAACCCCCCUAGCUGUCAAGGAAAGGCAUGUUGGGGGUAGGACAGGUUCGAAGCAAAGCCCAUGAAAAAGGAGGGAUUACAGAAAAUAACAUUAAAAAUCUUUUAUUCUUUUAUUAUAAUCUAAUGGCAGCUGGAGUGCAAUGUGGGACACCCUUUAAUAUGCCAGCAUUACUGGUACUUUGUAGAACGAAGGGAUUUAAACCCAUUAUAUAACUUUAUUGUGCAGUUCAUAUUGCUCCAGAAAAAAAAGCAGACUUGUCUAGAAUAGAUAUAAAGAAGAGGUCACACUCAACCUCAAAGGGACUGGCUGACACGUGUUCAUAGGUCCAGAAGACAUGGGUUAUUUAUUUUCCUAGAUGCUGAUAGAGAAGCAGGCUGCUAACAGGCAGAGCAUGCUGUUGAUGCAGAAUGUAGAACCCAGCGUCAUGUUGGUCCAUGCACUGGAGGAAGUCCGUAGACUCACCUGCGCCCUGGAUGAAACUAAACAGGAGCUACAGACAAAGGUAAUCAGUGAACCUGCCCCACAAUCAGAGCUGCCCAUAAAUAGUCUGCUGUAAUAAAAAACCACUGACGUAUUGCACCCAGUGGGUACUGACAUAUAAAGAUUGUUAUUGUUUAGCAACAGCUGACAGUCAGCCAGUAUGAGCUUUCAAAAUGUCCAGACACAGGGAAGUGGACACUCACACAAUAAAUAAGGUAGGAUAUAUAUUUAUAAUGCCUUCCAUAUACACAUACAUGGAAGCAAAUAUAUUCCACCACAAUCUUUUUCUUCCACAGUAUUCAAUGGAGGUCUCUUUAUUAAGAGUUUAUCAUUCAUCAUUGUGUUGCCGAAUCUGUUCUUGCUUCAUAAUAAAUAAACAAUGGCAGUUCUUACUUUACUCCCGAGGUCGUGAGUUUGGAAUCACAGUUGGCCGAGAGACCUUCUGAAGAAGAAUUUGAUCUGAUUCGUGAAGAGCUAAAGGCUACCAGUAAAGAGAAACGAGCGCUACAUGACCAGCUGAAAGAAGCCAAGGAGACCUGCUCACUUCUAGAAGGAAAAAGUAAGAAGACUGAGGUCUUCCCUAUUCUUGGAUCUUUAUAUAUAAUUGAGCCAUAUACAAAGUAAACAUCUAAACACUAUCUGUAAAAAUAUAAUUUGUCUAUACACUAUAUCCAUUGAUUAAUCUGAGUUUCUUCCUAGAGGUCACCACCGCUCAUCAAUAACAUCUAGAUAAGGUAGGGAGUUCAACCAGGGGUGGAAGGCAUCCAGAGGGACUUUGAUGGUGCAUCAGAGUUUGCACUUUACACAAUGCCUUUAAAAGCACCCAGGCAUUCAAUGACACACUUAGGAAAUAUGCACGAUUGGCCUGAAGAAAUGUCACUGCGGUUUCUCUAUUGAGUGUAUGCAGCAGAUUUGAUUGAAAUGUGUCUGUUUGAAUCCACUGACUGAACAGAACUGGAUUACAUUUUAACGUUAAGAUUUCAGUCUGGUCCCCGUGGGCACACUACAUCCGAAGUUUGCCUUGACAUUUGACUGUAGGUAAACCUCCACUACUGUCUUUUUAUCAUAGUCCUACUGGAUAUACAAAUUGUUUCAGUUAGAAUGACAGAGCCAUUGAUUAACGCACAUGUGCUAAUGCAUCAAUAUUUUGACAUUCUGACUUGUUGAUGACAGAUUCAGAGCAGCACUUGAACUGUACUGUCAAAUUUGAUAUCUUCUGGAGUUUAAAGGCAAAAUAAGCUGUAAGAGGACACUCUAGGUAUCUGCAAACAUCCAUACCAAACAUCUCUCUGCUAUAUUAUGAUAAACUAGUUGUUUCCAAAAAAGUAACUGAUUUACUUACAAUAUUGGGUGCAUGAUUUUUGUUUCUUUUAGUUAAAGCUCUGGAAGAACAUAAGAAAAAGGAGGAAUCAAUUUCGAGUGGGAAUGACGAGCUGGUAACAGAAGCUCCCAUUCCUCCACCGCCCCCUGUGCCACCUCCACCACCGCCAACCCUUCCUUACAACUGCUCUGAAAAGUAAGAAUAUGUUUGUCGCUGGACUAUAUGGCCACCCUCAUUUUCUGAAUAUGUAUUGUAUUGGUCUAUUUGCAGUAACCCGUGAGAUCAACAUCUAAAGUGCAUUAAAAGUCCACAUUCAGAUGUAGUAAUGGUGGUGUCAGAUUUGGAUGUACCUUUCCUUUUACUGAAAAUAUAAGACUGUAAACAUGUUGUUGUUUUUUUACAGUGCUCUUACAUUAAUCAGACAUAGACGUGGAUCGAAGGAAGCUGGACUUGCCACAUUAAAACGUACGCACCAGUGACUAUUUUCCAUUAGGGAUAUUUAGUAAACCUCUCUCUUAUUUACCUUUAUUUCCCUGGUGCACAGUCUCUCUGCAGUCACCCUGCCUCCACUCCACAAUAGCCGCACUGCAACCAAUCAGCAUCUCCUCAUAGAGAAGCAUUGAGUCAUUGUAUCUCUAUGGGGAGCUUUUAGUGGCUUGGCAGGACUUCGUCCAGGAAGUCCCUGUAGUGGCAGCCACUAGAGGUGGCAUUAGGCAGCAAUGCCGUUUCUAAGAAAAUUCUCUUUUUUAAUGCAAUGUGUCCUUUGCAGGGGCAGGCUCGCUGUAGAAGAACCAGUACAUUAAUCUAUAGUGGUUCAGGUGUCUAUAGUAUGGUAAUGAUAACUGUCAUUCCUCCUUGUUGUGACUCUCCUAACCAGGUUACAUAAUGGCAAAUAUCCAUGGUUCAAGAUCCUGUUUGCCAAAUAAAUAAUACAUAAAAAAGAAAAGAACAAAAAGGAGAAACAAUAUUAAAAUAGAAACAACCAUGCAUGUAUUUAAAAACACCAUUGUUAUCAUUUAAUUUGAACAAUGCAAAUAUUAUAUUUUAAAAUUAUUAAAUAAUAUUUAAAACUAUUACUCAAUGAGAAUUUAAAUAAAACCAAUUACAAAAAAUAUCUUAAAUAUGGACCUUUACCUGAAGAACUACUCUCUGAUAUUCUCCCUCUCCUUAUUAUAAAUAUAAAUAUAUAUAUAUUGUUAUGAAAUUAUAAAAUUGAUGUAUUUAAAUUAGAAAUGAAUCUCAUCUUUGACUGUCCUAGUAUCCUUAUAAUAUUGUAACCCCUCUCCAGUUCCUAAUAAUAUUUUGACUUGCUCUUUACUGAGAGGGUAGUGGAUGCAUGGAAUAGUCUUCCAGCUGAAAUGGUAGAGGUUAACACAGUAAAGGAGUUUAAGUAUGCGUGGGAUAGGCAUAAGGCUAUCCUAACUAUAAGAUAAUGCCAGGGACUAAUGAAAGUAUUUAGAAAAUUGGGCAGACUAGAUGGGCCGAAUGGUUCUUAUCUGCCAUCACAUUCUAUGUUUCUAUGUUAUAAAUUUAAGUCCAUGUGGGUCGCUGCAUUUUUAAAAUGUAGAGACACACUAUAUUUUUCAUAGCUAUCCCUUAUGUUCCUAACAUGCUCUCCUAUUUUAUGUAGGGGACGUUUUUGUUCUGCCCAUGUAGUAUAACUCACGUGGAUACACAAUCAUAUAAAAACAUUGCUGCAGUGGCAAGAAGCAACUUGUUUAUUUAUAGAAAUAUCAUAGAUGAAUAUGUGUCAAGACCCCAUCUUUCAUUGCCUACUCAUUUUAGCCCAUCUAUGUUUUUGUUGCUACAUUUUCCUCUCUCCUCAUUUACCCCCCUCUGCCACCACCAACGUUCAGUCAACAUUUAGAAGUGGUCCUCUGUGUGUCCACCAAAAAUCGUCUGUUCUAGUCUACGGAGGGCCUCGAUUUAACAUUUUCCAAUACGCUUUUCAAAUAAUUUAAUAUUUUGGAUAAACAUUUACAGUUAUUUCAUAUUUUUAAAAAUGUUUUAAUAUUUUAAUAUUCUGAUAUUGUUUAUAAAUUGAUAUCCAAAAAUAUUAUACUGAGGCCAUAAUACGAUCCAUAUUUAUUUUUAGCUGCAAAGAACGUUGAUGUCAAAGCUGAGGCGAUGAAGGAGAUGGUUGAGAGAAUUAAAAAUGGUGUUGUUCUAAGGCCAGCUCGGAAAGAAGGACAGGUUUGUAUGAAUCUCUGUGUAUUUAUGGAAAUGGUUCCUCAAAAACUGAAAUUAGGUCAAAAAAUAAUGCCGUUAUUAUUCCAGUGUGGUGGCUUUGGUUAGGAUAUUAAUUUUAAUUUAUUUUCUGGUGCUCAUUUUUUUAGUUGGUAAACAGCUGUUGCAAGCUGUCAUUGUUACCAAUACGAGAUAAUGUGUAAUGGUAAUGGAUUGACACCAGGUUUACAACAUUGUUGCAACAUUUUUGUAGUCUAUCACUAAUAACAGCUGCCGCUACAAAUUCCAGCCCCUUGUAUAUUAGCUUCUUACUAGUGAAGUACUGAAACACACACUUCGCUCUGUGUGGCUAUUAGCAACAGGCAAGUAGAGGCUUUCCGAUAAAACUUAGCAACUGGGUUGAAACAAGACUUUGUGUUUAAAUAGGGCAUAUACAGAUUAAUUAUCAUUCAUUUCUGUACAGUAGGCUGGAGGACGGUGGUUUAAGGUUAAUGGCAGCUGGUAAUGACUAGUGACAGUGUUGUAAAUCAGUUAGAAACCUGUUCCUAAGUAGAGGGCAGCAGCUCUCAUAGAGUAUAAUGGAAACCACGAGCCGCCACUUAGCGCCGGCAACUCCCUGUUGAUAUUUGGCAGUUACUAUUAUUAUUAUUAUUAAUAUUGGAAUUUAUAUAGCGCUAGCACAUUCCAUAGCGCUUUACAAUAUUAUGAGAGGGGGGAUUUAACUAUAAUUGAUACAAUUACAAAAACAUACAGGAACAAUAGGUUGAAGAGGACCCUGCUCACGCGUGCUUACAGUCUAUAGGAGGUGGGGUAUAAAACACAUGAGGACAGGAAAUAGCAAUCAAAUAAGGUGGAGUGAAGCAGAGCUGGAGGAGAGAGUAGAGUGCUGCCCUUUAGGAGAGAGCAAAGGACAGGUAUGUGAGGUAGAGGUUACACUGGGAGGCCAUAAGCUUUCCGAAAGAGAUGGGUUUUAAGGCACUUCUUAAACGUUUAAAGACUAGGGGAGAGUCAGACAGGAGAAGGUCAUGGGCAAAUCAGAGAGAAGGGGCAUUCCUAUGGAUCUGUGAAGAGAUAUAAGAGGGGCUAGAAUUGUUCAGUGCUUUAUAGGUGGGAAUUAGUACUUGAAUUGACUCCUAUAGGAUACAGGAAGCUAAGCAGCCACUCCUCGUCAAACGUAUCGUCACACAUUUUAGAAAGCAGUAGUCGGCUUGCAAUAAGCAGCGACAAGAUUGUAAACGAGCCCCUAGUCGGUAAACCCCACAUUAGCUGAAUUCAAUUUCUAUAGCCAUUUACUGUGCAAUGAGCUAGGCAAUGCUUCCAUAGAUGAUGGUCUGUUUUCAUUCCAGAAGCACACACAAGCUAUCAACAAACGGAAGAGUGUGAUCAAUGAAUUUAAAGGAAUUUUUACGGUAAGUAGCAAGUGAUUAUUGUUCAAUUUGUUUAUUUGAUCUACAACUUACUUUUAUCUAGAUAUUUCUCUCUUAAAAUAAAUACAGUCAAAUUUACAAACAUCCGGAACUGUUAUUUUUAGAAGCUAUAUAUGAUUGAACCCGGUUCUUGUGUAUUUGCCCAGCGAUGCGGUGGGUGAGGGAUAUUUAUGGAAGAGGAGGAGCUCACAUAACUACAUCGUCACAACAGACGAAACCUGAGAGGAAAGGUUUAGUUCGGGUAGCCGUUGCCAGGUGGAUAAUGAUUUUUUUUUUUCUGUUUUUUUCGGCUGUAUAAAUCCCACCAAGUGCAAUGGGUCCCAUUUAUUACCGAACACAUUUUCUUUUACUUAAAACGCAAGCUUGUUCCAGAAUUUGUUGGUUCAAGGUUUACCCCAUUUUAUAAAACUGUAGCUCUAAAAAUCCAAAAAGAAGAAAAAACAAGUUUUCAUUUUUUAUUCCCACUCAGAUUCCUCUUUUAAAGGAAAGUUUAGGCAGAACUAACACCAAAUAUUAACUAAAUGGCCAAAUCAAUACAACUGACAAGUUUAAAGGUAUUCUAGAACUGAAUUAACUCCGAGCACCAUAACCACUACCACACUACACAAAGGCUGCUGACACAGAACAUGUAACGUUUUGUAAUCAUCAAAAGUUUUAAAGACGUUUUACAGUUUUGUCUCACAAAUGUUUUUGAUGUAUAAUAAGGAAAUCAAAACUUUCACCUAUGGCAUGCCACAAGUAGGGGUUGGGCCUUAGGUGAUGAGAAUCUUUUAUUUUUUUUCUUUAUUUCACAAAGUUUGGACAAAAACAGAUGCUCUGACCCCAUAGAGUCCUUGCACUCACUAUAACUCCUAGAACGUGUUAUAAUAAUCUAAUACACUGUACAUGUACAGUAAGAUGUAAUAAUACCAUACAAUGUAAUAAUGUAAAAUACUAGAUGGACAGAAUAUUGUGUUAGCAAUUGCCACGUUCAUUUUUACUAUAUCUAGAACUGUAAUAAAAUGAAAUAAAUGAGUAUGUGUUUCCAUGAUGUUUACUAACUCAUUUCCAAUUACACAUAAACAGUCUUUAAUUUCUCAUAUCCAACAAUUAAUGGAGUCUUUACUUUCUGGUCUCCUAUGACUAAUGGAAGCUAUAUAUUUUACGCACAUACUGCCUUACUGGUCUUGUAGGAUACAAUGAGGAAACCCAACCAAAGGAAAAGCUUUCGAAGGGCCAGCAAAAAGGUUGCUGAGAACGAGCUUGAUGGCAUCCUCCGGCGCCGGCGUAAGAAGGUGGAUUGUGCAGAGACAGAUGGGUCUGCAGAAACUACAGCCAAGCAAGAGAAGAAAGUAGAAGAACGUGCACCUGGAAACAUGCACUUAUGUAAGUUUUGUUUGAGUGUAAUAUCUGAAAAAGUGCAUCGUAGGACAAAACAUUCAGAAAAAGUUCAAUACUCCCAUCACAUCAAAAGAGGAUGAACACCUAUUAACCUUUAAAUAAUGCCAAAUAAUUUGAUAAUUCACUCGUCAGUGGUGACUUGUGGUCAGUUGGUGAAGUUUAAAGAACCUCACUACCCACUUAGCCCCAUGAGGUCCUAUGCCCUAUGAUAUCUCUUAUCUUUAUGGUGUGUCUGUAAGGAAGCAGUCCAUCUUAACUCUUUUCCAUGAAUUAUACAGCCAUCAUAAAUAAAGCACCUGGACCCUUCCAACAUUAAUUCCACCACUGAAACCCAUAAUACAUUCAGAGUUCCAAGGAACAUGCUAUAAGGUCAGAAUACCCUGUAUGGCUCUGUGAAAUCAAUUACAUUUGUUUUUAUAGUUUGGUGUGAGGUUGUAAUUUGUUAAAUGAGCAGCGGCCACUGUCAGAGGCAUUCAGCUAGAAGUGAGGAUGCUAGGGAGGCAGUAAUUCCAGCAGUGAUUGAUUCAGUAGAAGUCUAUUAGUCCCAGCAAGGCUAUGACAGACCAAUAUAUGCUUAGCAUUGUGCAGAUGCCAUAGAUGUUCUACAUCUCCCUUAAACCAUUUCCAGUCAAACACACAGCAUGUAAAUUACAAAGGUCCAUGGGAGCUUAAUGUGCAAAGAGCCAUUGCAAUCUAUGAUCUGUAGAUAAGAUUUCUUCCCAGGUAUCGUUACCACCUGAGGACCAUUGAAAUUAUAACAUCUGUUUAUUAGCUGCCAGUCACAUCUGAGAGCAUGUGGUCAAUAUGACGAAUCCUCUUCACAGGAAAACACAGACUACAUGACUAAAUAGUUAUUUAUAAUUAUUAGCACAAACUGCUAAACAUCUGAAUAUAUAUUUUGUUUCUCUGCAGCUGAUUUAAAGUCAACAUUGAAUCCAGGAUCUACGCAGAAAAAUCCAAUUGUGGUAAAAUUGAGGCAGAAAUCAUCCAGCCUCCAGAAAAGUAGGAGAACUCUAUUGGACUAUGAGUAAGAACUAACUGGUCCGAAAAGCGUAAGGAGUUCUGCUGUAUGUUCUUUCCCUCCUGUGCUGAUUAUUCAGGUGUCUACAAAUAAAUAUUUUCCUUUUCUCGUGGUUGACGCUGGUUUUCGACGUUUCUGUGUAUCAGUCUCUAGCUGAACUCUAUUGGAGACGGACCACGUGGAGCAGUAAAAGCAGGACAUUACAAGAGUGUUGAUUUUUCAAAACACAAUGUAUCAUUUACUUGGUCCUAAGGAAGAGAUCUGGGUCUUCUAAUUUCUAUAGCCACUAUUGCCCAGCUAGAGGACUGUAUGUGUUAAGGUGUGUGCUCCAGUAGGAUUGUUUGUGGCCCACCAAACACGCAGAACACAGCCAUGAUUUAUAUAGUGUUAUGUUAUUGGUCUUGAAGGAUCUAUUUAGCCAAGAUGAACUGAGCAAAUUGAAUAAUUGGACAAUGCUGCUCUGCUUUCCAGAACCAGGAAAGGUUCUGUUUUCUUUGUAUCUCGGGAGCUACAUUCAUGAAUAUGGAAAAUUCAUAUUGGAAAACCUUAAAUAAAUGUAGACAAGAACACAAAUGUUUUCAUUGACUAUGUGCCACUUACUUACAUUAUAUAAAAUGUACAUAUUGUGACUGGAGACGACACCUAUAACUCCUAUCUGGUUAAUGGGGCACCAAUGUAUUUUGUGACACCAAACAUAUUGCGGGUGUAUUCAAAUUUACUGCAGUGGUUUAUAAAAAACAUCCAUUAUAACUUGCGUUUGAUGACACGUCACCCAUGUCUAUAAAGGAAGGAAAGAGAAUUCACUUUUGGAGAUACUUAAGUGCCAGUUGAAUGUACUAAUAUUGUCUGUUUUAUCAUGGUUUAGGGAGAAUGUAUUCAUCCUUUAAUCUGAUGGCCGUAUUUCCAGCUCUAGAUGUAUACACUGAGUAGAUGUGAUAGUUGUCCUUGCCAAGGUUGGCCCUAGAGGCAAUGCGCCAACACUUCAAAGUAUUCAGAUUACAAUUGCAGAAACUAUUGAGUUUACAACACCGUCGCAGUGGUAAGGCAAGUAAACACGCAGUACUUAAACCAGCACCAAACGGAGGGUAGGAUAGAAGGUGUAUUAUCGGACAUUAAAGUGACUGACUUUAAAACAAGAACAGACAAGAGAAUAGGUGAUAUGCUAGCCAAGGUCAAGGACAUGAGAGGUAUGUGUGAACAUUAGACAGAGUUAAGUCAGUCGAUGCAGAGAGCAGAAAGGUCAGGACAGGACAGGUCAAAAUACCAAAGGUUACCACAGAGCAAGAAACAUGCUAUUGGGUACAGAGACCACAACAGAACAUUGGCUACUGACCACAAUGGAAUUUUAUAGGUUAACUUACAUCAUUAUUAAGAUGCAUUGACACUGGAUUGUAAAUUGACAAGGAGAUGGACCUUCCAGCAUCAGAACUGAAGUCAGAAUAGUGUGAGACUGAGCAUAAGACCCUAAAAUGAUUAUCUGCGAAUGAUGCAGGAGUGGCCAGGUACCAUGACAAACACCAAUCCUCCAUUAUACAAUGAAUGCAGCCUACGCGGAGCUUCUAUGCCUGCUCAAUGGUAUAACAUGUGUGACUGGACACGUCAUGAGGAAGUCAGGUGCACGUGAUGUACAAUUACAGCACACUUUGGCCUCAAUUUAAUAAACUUUCCAAAUGAUUCACUAUCAUUAAAAAAAAACAUUACGAAUGAUUUCUCUACAGAACUCACCAUUUAAGUUUGAGGAAGAGGUUCUAAUGGUCAAUGUUCAUGUUUACCUGUGGAAGAUAAUACAACACAGCCGCCUCAGGGAAACAAGCGGAGUAAAGAAAAACUCUGGGAAAAGGGACAUCCUCCUUUCCUCUUUGAAAUGCCACCACGAAUGCGAUACAAUUUACGGUCCAUGCCCACAAUAACCACCUGCAGACAAUACCUCGUUUCCAUCCAGGUACUCUCUCACACUAAAACCCUGAUAAUAGAAAACACUCAGACACAGAGCUCUCCAUAAUGUUAGAGUCAAGACCACAACUAGAUCCGAUUCAUCACAGAUGCCCAGCCCAACGAUUUCCAUGACAGACUGUCCCUAAGUUGCAGCAAAACCACAUAUUUGGUCAUAUCUCCUCUACAGUCCUGAUGACCAAAACCCUGCUUUGUUUCCGCACAGUUAGAAGUUUCAUUAAAUGUAAUAAGCUUUUGAAAAAUUAGAAGUGACAAUUUGAUUAAGUAUUUAACCAAAACGUUUAUCUGUCACAAGAAAUGUUCUUUUUGAAAGUUAAAGCAUUAAUUAUUGUAUUAGAAUGUAUGAAAUCGGUGCAACACGUUUUAAAUACACGCACACUGACUGCUGAGUACACAGACUGCUGAGUACACACACACAAACACACAGAGAGACUGCUGAACACACACACAGACUGCUGAAUAUACACAGACUGCUGAAUACACACACACACACACACACACAGACUGCUGAAUACACAGAGACUACUGAAUACACACACACAUACUGGUGAAUACACACAGACUGCUGAAUACACACACAUAUACUGGUGAAUACACACAUACAGACUGCAGUGAGGGUUACAGUGUAUGUGUGUGUGUGAGGGGUGCUGUGUGUGUUUGUGUGUGAUGUGUACGAGGAGUGCUAUGUGGGCGACCGGUGCUGUGUGGGCCCCACUGCCCUCAGCAAUUUUUUUUCCCACUUAGGGCCAACCGGUGGGCUUGUAUCAGCAGGUCCUUGCUUUUUGCCAGUAUGGGAGGAAGUGACAGCCGCAAGUCACUCCCUCCCAUAAAGAGAGGAGCUGCUCGGGAGGGGGCAGGAGGAGUCGUACAAAAUGAAGGAGGCUGUGGCAGUAAGGAUUAAGGCUCCUCACUCCCAUCAGUCUCAGGCACCACAUUGGACCCCAGGAAAGCCACCCUCCAGCAAAAGGUAGGAAACUGGGGGGUGGGUUUAAAAUGGUACAUUUUACAUGUGUCUUAGUAUGUCUCUGUGUAUGUGCCUGUGUAUCUGUAUGUGAACCUAAAUGUUGUUAGUGUGUGUAUCUGUGUGUUUAUUUGUAUGUAGUCAUUCUGUGUAUCUGUGUAUCUGAGCACCAACAUUAAAGGACCGCUAUAGGCACCCAGACCACUUCAGCUCAAUGAAGUGGUCUGGGUGCCAGGUCCUUCUAGGGUUAACUAGGGUUAACCCUGCAGCUGUAAACAUAGCAGUUUCAGAGAAACUGCUAUGUUUACUUUAGGGUUAAUCCAGCCUCUGGUGGCUGUCUCAUUGACAGCCGCUAGAGGCGCUUCCGCGCUUCUCACUGUGAUUUUCACAGUGAAAAGACGCCAGCGUCCAUAGGAAAGCAUUGAGAAAUGCUUUCCUAUGGACUGACUGAAUGCGCGCGCGGCUCUUGCUGCGCAUGCGCAUUCAGCGGAUGAAGUCGGAAGAGGAAGGAGAGUCCCCAGCGCCGAGGGAGCCCAGCGCUGGAGAAAGGUAAGUGUUUAACCCCUUCCUCCCCCUUCAGCCCAGCGGGAGUGGGACCCUGAGGGUGGGGGGGAACCUAAAGACCCUAUAGUGCCAGGAAAACAAAUUUGUUUUCCUGCCACUAUAGUGAUCCUUUAAAUACAAAUACACCCCUCCAUUCAAACUUCAACAUUACAUACAAACACACUCCUGCAUUGAAACGUCAAAACUACAUAAAAACACACCUCUGUGUUAAACAAUAAAAUUAUAUAUAAACAAAUCCCUACAUUAACCCCUUAAGGACUGGACUGUUUUUGCGAUGUUGUACAUUUGCGACCAGGCAUAUUUUUACACUUUUGUGGUGUUUGUGUUUGGCUGGAAUUUUCCGCUCUCUCAUUUACUGUUCCCAUACAAAUUAUAUAUUGUUUUUUUCAGGACAAAAGGGGC